AUGUCCCGGCCGCCGGCGCUUCCACACCCCCUCGGACGCGGCGGACACAGAUAUCAGCAAGAGCUGCAGCACGCAGACUUGCUGGACGGGCGAACACCACUUGUGCUCGGGCUACUUGGUCGUCUUAUUGGAUUGACAAGGCUGCACCCCGCUCCCGCGUCAAGCGUACGGCACCGAAAUACCGCUUUCCUCGUCGUGUCCUGCAUGACGUCGUCAGCUCCAGGCGCAAGACCUCAGAAGCAAAGGGCCUAUUCUGUCGAUGAGCUGACAGCCGGGCCGGUUUCCACCGCCGAGGGCAGCAAGCUCGAGCACGAACACCAGCGUUCGUUCCAAGAUGUCUUCGUCACGGCCUCAUCAUACACUGCUCUCGGGGCAUGCGUGAAAAGACGAAUGGAGCAGUCAUCUCGCGAGCGCCAAGGCACGCCCGACACAGGACAACAUCGCGAGCAAAGUCCAGUCAGCAUCGCGCCGUUCGCAAAGCAGAGCCCCCAUAACAGCCACAGCUUGCCUCUCACACUUGUACUUCAAGACCCGAACCCCGAGCUCGUCCCCAACAUGCGUCUGUCAUCCGUCACCGUGCUGCUUGCCAGUCUGGCCAGUGUCAUCAGCGCCGGCGUCGUCGACACCAGGGAUGGCACCAAGAAGCCUCUCGACUUCAUCGGCACCUUUGACACGUUUACGGAUGAAAACUGCAGCCAGGGAGGCGGGGGCGUCACCGUCACCGACGACAACGACAACAGAAAGCUCAGCCAGGACGUCCGCUCCGUGAAGUCCUAUAUCAAGGACAGAUCCCUCGUCAUCUGGGUUCACGGUGGCCUGUACUACCCCUUGGCCAUUCCGCCCAGCGAUACCGAGUGCAAGGUGCUCAAUGGGCCGGGGCGAUAUUGGAACCUUUCGUGA